UUAUAGUUCUGGUGGUGCUGCUGUCGGUCCUGGACUUUGGCGCGCUGGCGUGCGUCUCGGACCUGCAGCAACACAUGCUGGGCUACUGCGUCAUACUGAGUGGCUGCGUGGUCGUCGAGGCCUGCAUCUCGUGGGUCUCCAUGCGCGGGAGCAUCCUGGACGCCGCGCCGAGGGCCUCCAUGCAGCACCUGCUCUACGUGCGCCUGGGAAUACUUGUGAUCGAGGUGUGUUGGCUCGUGGUGGGAGUCAUCUGGGUGAGCAAGCAUUACGACAGCUGUCCGAUGGGUGUCGCCAAGGACGCCAUUCUAGGCAUCAUCGUGUGCAACUGGUGCGUCCUGCUGAGUGUCCUGGUGACGGUGUGGUGCACCUUCGACCGCGCCGGCCGCACCUGGGUGAAGAUGAAGCGCUACCAGCGCAGCCUGCAGGACGGCAAGCUGCGCUACAAGAGGUCUGGGAACUCGCAGCGUAACUGGAGGCACCGAAGGGCAACGACACGUACCAGUUUCUAUCCGGAGUCGCCGUCACCCCCGCCACCAGGUUCCUGGACGUCAAUCACCCGAAUGUCUGCGAGGCGGUCAUGGUCAUCACUCACUACAUGCACUACGCACUGGGAGUCUACGGCUGGCCCAUGUACAUGAUGACGCGAGGAAGCACCGGGUGCUGCCACCUGUUUCCAAGUCUCAGGUGCUGUUGCUUCCCAACGCGCAAGAAAAAACGGGACCGGGCGCUCGUCGUGGAGGACAACUGCUGCUACUGCAACUACGCAGCGCUGAGGCACAUGGUGAACAACCACAAUAUGGAGGUCGUCUACGUCACAUACCACGUGGACGUCGGAGAGACGCCGUUCUUCGUGGCCGUGGACCAUGAGAAGCGGACAGUCGUGGUCUCGGUACGGGGGACGUUAUCGCUUCAGGAUGUGCUGACGGACCUGAACGCCGAAGGCGAGCCACUUCCGGUCAAUCCGCCGCACGAGGACUGGCUCGG